UCUAUAUUGUGUCCUAUGUUGCAGGAGCUGGUGGACUACCUGCGCUGUCAGUCCCACAGUGCAGUAUACGCCACUUCCUUGUCCCCUCCUGUCACCGAGCAGAUCCUACGUGCCAUGAAGUGCAUCAUGGGAAAUAACGGGAGCACAGAGGGCAUUAGAAGGAUCCGCCAACUGGCAGAGAACACCAAAUACUUCAGAGCCAGGCUGAAGGAGAUGGGCUUCAUCAUCUACGGCCAUGAAGACUCACCUGUGGUCCCAAUCCUGCUCUACAUGCCCGGCAAAGUGGUGGCUUUUGCUCGAGAAAUGCUGGAGAGAAAAAUUGGUGUAGUUGUCGUUGGAUUUCCAGCCACGCCGAUCACAGAGGCCCGAGCUCGCUUCUGUCUGUCUGCAGCGCACACCAGAGAAAUGCUGAACCAGGUGCUGCACCACAUGAACGAGGUGGGAGACCUCUUCUGCCUGAAGUUCUCACGACGGAAGCAUUCGUCCCGUCCUGACCUCCAUGAUGAGACAGGGCUGGAGCAGAGCAGCUGAUAUGACCUUUGACACCUUCAUUUCACAGUGUCAAGACAAAGUCUAAGUGCCCACGCAACAGCAGACCUAUAAACACACAACGUAGAGUAACACCCAUGUCUCACGGCAGAACAAGGGCCAAAUGUUAAGCAGCUGCUUUGUAUAUGUUGGUUAAACAUUGUGAUCAAACAGAACAUUUAUUUGUGCUUCUUAACAUGGUACUCUAUAUGAACUAUUGAAAUACCUUAUUUCCUAAUAUAUGUAUAUUUGAGAAAAAAAAUUUGCACAUCCAUUGCUGGAUUGGUCUCAGGUAUGGUGUAAAAUAUUUAGAGUUAUUAGCUUUUUAUAUUGAGUCAAAAAACAUAUGGUUAGUUCAAUAUAUUUCAGCAGCUCUUUUUACACCUUUUUUCUCCCGCCUAUAUUAAGACGUUGAGAACUUUUUAUGGAAGCAUUUUUUGCUUCUCAUAACUAAACAUCAUGGUGGUUAUUAUUUAAAAAACGAUGCAGUCUCUACAAAAAAAAAGAUCAUUUUCUAACCUAACAUGAAGUAGUAGGUAUUGAAAUUGGAAAAGGCAUUUGUGACUUGAAAUUUCCCAUGUGGUCUACUUCUGCUGAUUUGUAUUUGUCCUAAUAAAACACAAAUACUGCACUUAAAAA